AAAAAAUUGAAUUCCUUGAAAAGAAAUUAAAAGGGCCAAAGUGGAAAUUAAGUUAUAAAUUUAUUACUUUCCCAAUCCCACCUACAUCAGCAUCCUUUCAAUCUUUCCCCGAGUUUAUUUCUACAUUUCCAUUUGCAGCAUCCAGAGAGUGUGAGAGAAAGAGGGAAAUGAAGAGCUGGUGUCUGAUUUUGUUUGUGGUUCUUAUGGUUCACAAACAGGGGAGCUUUGUCCAAGUAAAAGCAGAGGAUGGGUUUGUAACUACAAAAGGAGUGCAGUUUAUGUUGAAUGGGAGUCCAUUUUAUGCAAAUGGAUUCAAUGCCUAUUGGCUCAUGUAUUUUGCAAAUGAUCCUUCUACCAGAAAUAAAGUCUCCUCUGUUUUUCAAGAAGCUAAAGCGCAUGGCCUUGCACUUGCUAGAACUUGGGCUUUUAAUGAUGGUCAAGACAGAGCUCUACAGUACUCCCCUGGCUCCUACAAUGAACAGGCCUUCCAAGGAUUGGAUUUUGUAAUAUCUGAAGCAAAGAGAAAUGGGAUUAAGCUAGUAUUGAGUUUGGUGAACAAUUAUGAGAACUUUGGAGGGAAAAAGCAGUACGUGAACUGGGCGAGGAGUCAAGGCCAGUCUGUAUCAUCUGAUGAUGAUUUCUUCACUAAUUCUGUAGUCAAAGGAUUCUAUAAGAAUCACAUCAAGACUGUCCUUACAAGGCGAAAUAGCAUAACUGGAGUUGCUUACAAAGAUGAGCCAACAAUAAUGGCUUGGGAGCUUAUGAAUGAGCCCAGAUGCACUUCAGAUCCUUCUGGAAGGACCAUUCAGGCUUGGAUUGCAGAGAUGGCUUCUUAUUUGAAAUCCAUAGAUGGCAACCACUUAUUAGAAGCAGGAUUGGAAGGGUUUUACGGACCAACAUCAUCUUCAAAACAGCAAUAUAAUCCCAACUUUCAAAUAGGCACAGAUUUUAUUGCAAACAAUCAAAUUCCUGGCAUUGAUUUUGCCACUGUUCACUCUUACCCUGACCAAUGGCUGCCCAACUCAAAUACUGAAGGCCAGGAAUCCUUUUUGAACAAUUGGCUUAACAAUCACAUCCAAGAUGCACAGAAUAUACUUCACAAGCCAGUUCUGUUUGCGGAGUUUGGAAAAUCAUCAAGAACAGCAGCUUAUAACCAAAGAGACCAGUUGUUUACCACAAUCUACUCUGCAAUUUAUUCAUCAGCUAGAGGCGGAGGUGCAGCUGCCGGUGGCAUGUUCUGGCAACUUAUGACUGAAGGAAUGGACUCAUUCCGCGAUGGAUAUGAGGUAGUCUUCAGUGAAAAUCCUUCAACAGCUAGUAUUAUAGUUGAUCAGUCUCAGAAGCUUAAUAAGAUCCGAAAGAUGUAUGCCAGACUAAGAAACAUUGAGAAAUGGAACAGAGCAAGGGAAAUUAGACAGGCUCAGUGGUGGGCUGGGAAAAAUAGCAGCAAAGUAGGAAAUUAAGGAGAAAAAGUUUAGAUCUUUGAUCAUAUCAGACUAGCAAAAUAUGAAUGCUUUAUAAAGCUAAUAUAACAACUUAUAUCAUGAAAGUUUCGAGUGUGUUCU